AUGGAAUGGCAACAUUACAUUAUAAAAUAUUUCCUUUUUUGGACCACACAUAAGUGGCGACACCGUAUUAUAUUGCACUUAAGAUAUAGCUGUUAUUUACUUUGUAUGUAUUGUUCCUUCUGUGUUCUCCACACUUGCCAAGCGGCUAAACCCAGAGCACCAACUGGAAUGCACUCGCCCUUUGUGGCUAUAUGGAAUGCACCGACUGAGUUGUGCAUGAGGAAAUACGGAAUCCCUAUAGACAUCAGUUUAUUUGAGAUUGUGGGAAGCACGCUCUCAACUGCCACAGGCCAGAACAUUACUAUAUUCUACACCGAUAGACUAGGCUACUAUCCCUACAUAGAUCCUGCAUCUGGUAUUAGUUAUAAUGGUGGUAUUCCUCAAAUGAGCAAUAUGGAGAAACACUUAAAAAAAGCCAGGGAGGAUAUUCUCCAUUAUAUAUCAUCAGCAACACAAAAAGGACUUGCCAUUAUUGACUGGGAAGACUGGAGGCCAACAUGGAUAAGAAACUGGGCUUCUAAGAAAAUAUACAGGGAAUACUCCAUUGAGUUUGCUCAGCAGAAAGACCUGACGCUUGACCAGCGUAGCACAGAACCUAUAGCCAGGACACAGUUUGAGUCAGCAGCAAAACGCUUCAUGAUCAACACCCUCAGACUUGGGAAACAACUGAGACCAAACUAUCUCUGGGGCUUCUAUCUGUUUCCUAACUGUCAAAAUUACGACUAUAAUCAGAAUCCUCAUAACUACACUGGACGCUGCCCAGAUAUUGAAAUGUUAAGGAAUGAUAAAUUGAGGUGGCUAUGGAAAGAAAGUACAGCCCUGUUUCCAAACAUGUACCUGGAAACUGCACUAAAGUCUUCCCAACGCGCCGCUCUCUAUACGCGCCACCGCAUGCAGGAAGCGAAACGACUGUCAACACUCUCAAAGACUCUUCACUCCCUUCCAAUAUACAUGUACAGCCGGCCCGUAUUUACCGACCAUCCGGAGAAAUAUUUAACACUGCCUGACCUUGUGAACACAAUUGGUGAAAGUGCUGCCUUGGGAGCCCAUGGAUUUAUACUAUGGGGCAAUCUGAACCUGACACAGAGUACGAACAUGUGCCUGGGAUUAAAUGCUUUCAUCAUGAACACUCUGAAUCCAUACAUUAUUAAUGUCUCAUUAUCAGCUAAACUGUGUAGUGCCAUACUUUGCCAAAAUAAUGGAGUGUGCACCCGCAAGGAAUGGAACAAAAACACCUACCUUCACUUGAAUGGAACAAACAUUGCAAUAGAACGAUAUAAAAGCACUUAUAAGUUGAUUGGAGGUCCAAGUUUAGAAGACCUAAAAUAUUACUCAGAAAACUUUACAUGCCAUUGUUAUGUUGGACACAAGUGCAGAGAAGCUCCAGAUCCACUUAAACUUAAACCUAUGAAUGCUUUGCUGAGUGCCUGGGGGGAAACGUUCCUCAUUCUACUGCUAGAUUCUCAGCUAUGCCUUUACUUGCUGCAUAGACUUCACUCAGAUAACUCCUCAGAAACAUAUUCUUCUACAAUACAGGCAAGCUUUCAUGUGUCUUUUGGUGAGGAGAGGCUUCUUCCUGGUCACUCUGUUAUAAAGCCCAGCUUGGUGGAGUGUUUUAGUUAUGAUGACCUCUUGGAAGUUUCUCCCAUUUGUGCCCAGGAUUUUUGGAGCUCAGCCAGAGUGACCAUUGGGUUCUUGGACACCUCUGUUACCAAGGCCCUUUUCAUCCAAUUAGUUAAUGAGGUGGCUGGUGUGGGUGGAGUCCUGGUCAUUCCAAACCUCUUCCAUUUAAGAAUUAUGGAGGCUACUCUGCUCUUGUGA